AUGAACGCUUUAAUAAUCAAGGUGAUUGCAUUGUUUGCCGUGUUCUCCCUCCUAAUUGGACUCUCCUCAUCAGCACCGUCUCCAAGUCAAACGGAUCUCAAGAGAAUAUUUAGAGAAAUCGCCGCCAACGAAAAUGCGUACGGUGUGAUUCAAGUGGUUCCAUACUCGGAACGUCUUCCCGCCUACAUGGUUAUUUCUAACAAGUGGUGA